UUGAAUAGUUUGAUCUCACACACCCUCCUGAGGGUGGAAUGAAAGAGAAAAGGAAAUUGCGUGGAUAAAAGUCUUUUUUCUUUUUUAAAUGCGUCAUUGGAAAACUAAAGAAAGAAAGGAGGAAGAAAGAAAAGAUUUGAGUUAAAUGCAAUAGAGAUAAGAUAAAAAUGAAGGAAGGACCACACUUCAAUAGAUAAACAAAGGGAGAGAGAGAGAGAAGGACUUAAACGAGACAUUUAUUUCGUGUAAAUGGAAACGAAGCGAUAUGGGUUUAUAUGUCAGUUGGUGGUGGUCUUGUCAGGCAUUUUACUCAUCGAAGCUGAUAUAUAUCUCCAUAACCCCAGUGGUUCCAACAACCGAUUGGCUGAAUCAAGUGUUGCAAGGAAUAAUGCCAAUAGAUUAUUUGAUUCCCAGAACAACGAAAAAGGUGGUUACAACUCUCGAAGACUCUACUAUUACACAGGUUCAAAACUGAUGAUAGAAUGGACUAAUCAGCAUUCAUGCCAACAUCCCAACAAUAAUUGUGAACUGGUCCUUCAAUAUAUGUGCCACGACCUCAUCAGGGAUGGAACAAGUGUAAAAACCAUACCAACCAAUACCGGGAAGUGCAAAGGUGGAGACUGCGAUCGCGAUUUUCAAUAUGGCAUGCAUGAGAAUUACACAUAUUACCAAACAUGUGCCCAAAGAGAAAGAAAUAAAGGCUUGUUUUUUGCUGACCAAAAACUUAAAAAAGAUACGGCAAUUUAUACCCGACAAAAUCCAGAUGGGACCCGACGAGGCUAUGAAUGCCCAGAAGAGAGAGAUUAUUACCCCUACUGGCAUCCAUCUCCUUGGAUUGACAUUGCUGUAAUGACAAACAAUGUCAGUUGGUGCAGUUACUACACACAAAACAGUCAGAAUGUGAAGUCUAAAUGGAGCUGCAACGUCACGCAACCGAAGAACAUUGUUAUCCCAAAUAAUAAAGAAGAGUGUGAGACAAACGGAAAGAUUGGUGUGUGGACAGAAUAUCCAGCCCAUGCUGUAGCUGCCCCUAUAUGUAGAGAGGCUCAGUUUAGCUGGGAUAACUACUUAGGCAAUGGUCUUAAUGGUAAAUCCAAUGUCUUCAACUGGACCAUUCCCGAGACCCCUGGUGAACACUGUGUGCUAAGAAUAAGGUACAACAUUUCGACAACAGACUAUGAUUGGUGGGCAGAUCACACUUUAAACCCGGACAAAAAGGGGGAGCCUUCAAAAGUCAAUCUUUCAAAAGAGUACCCUCUUAAUGGUAAAGCUAAAGAACGAGGGUAUGUCUUUAAACAGAAUCCAGUUGUGAAAAUCUUUGAAGAUGUCGAUUUUGAUUUGAGAUUGGCCAUUAAUACAGCUCAGUUUGGUCGGGUAUUUCAAGACAGGUCUCAUACUUUCUCAAUCAAGAAACGUCCCCAAGAUUUGAAAGAUGCUGUCAUCCACAAUCUCAAUGUAAGAGGCAAGAGAGGAAACAUUGUACAAGUUUAUCCAGCUGUAGAAUAUGACUUUGUACCAAACUUGUUGAACAUAGCAACUGGAGACUAUAUCCACUUUCAAUGGAAUGGUUCCAAUACAAACAACAAAAAUUUUGAAGGAAAUGGAAUUGCAGGAACCGAUCGUAACAAUGUUGUGAUGUUGGCAGAAAGCGAUUUUUCAGAGAAAUCAAAAAAUGUGCCUUAUAAACUUUUGUCAUUUGGUCAUUAUGGCACCAACUAUCCAACUAAAAUUACAAAUUCUUCAUUCUUGGAGCUUUCUAAAGAUGACAUUACCAAACUAGCCCAUCUUGGUAACACAAAAGGAAAUGACCCUCUUUUAAACAAGGCUGAUACCUACUUUGAUCUUGGUCCUCGCAAGAUAACCAAGCAAGGAAAAUACCACUACAUGUGUACAAGAAAUAACGACUUCUCAAACCGGGAUCAGAAAGGAAAAAUUGUUGUCAGGGAUUUCCCUAUUGUUUACAAAAUGAUUGGCUUGCAAGGUGGUACGAUCGCAAUUCAAAGUAAAGCAGCAUUGUAUAUUCCUCCAAACACCUUGGAUAAACUACUGAGCUUACAGAUGGCAAGUUGGCGAAGUGAUGAAGGAAAUGAUUGGCUGAAAGAAAAACGGAAGAGACUUCCAAUUGUGGAGGGAUUUGCCAGUGAUUUCAUACUUCUGUUACCCGUGGAAAAUUUUGCUGCUGAAGGCCCUGUCCGUUUGAGCAUUAAUCUUACUGAUACUGAUUCGGACAUUAUCAGUGUGUAUCGAACAGGUGACAAGGAAUAUGGAGUUUGGCAGAGAAUUGUCACAGAAAUUGAAAACGGUGUUGCUCACUCAGAUAUCAAACAAGGUGGAGUUUAUAUUGCCGUUAAGGAAAAGAGCUUAGAUAUGAUAACUAAUGUGAUUAUCAUAGUUAUAAUGUUUACUAUAGGCUUAAUAGCUGUUCUAGUUUAUUUUUAUUACAAGAAAAGUCAUCCAUGGCUUUAUGCAAAGAAUGCAUAAGAUAAAAAUCAUCAGCCGUGUAUCAUAUUAAAUGCAUAGGAACUAUUAAAAGACACAAAGCUGGAUUUGUUUGAGAUGAAAAUGUCUUUACACAUUUGUAUUACAACCACAAUAUUUGUCAAAAUGAGAUGAACAAUGACACUGGACGAUUCAUGAGAAUGACAGAUGCAUUUCAUUUUUGUUGUGGCUUGUCAGUGCCAUGCAUUUAGUUUUUAAGUGUAUCUCUACAGAUUCUCAUAAUUUCAUUUAAUGUCCAUUUUCCAUGCUGGCAUGGAUGGAAUGGUUUGACCAGAGCUGGCAAGCUACACCAAGAUGCAGUCUGAUUUGGGUUGGUUUCGCUAUUUCCUAUCAAUAUACAGGAAACAGUGAAAAAUACAUACCCUGACGUUGCAAAAGCCUUGCUGGGCUGUA